AUGGGCAACCGUGGCAUGGAGGAUCUCAUCCCGCUGGUCAACCGGCUGCAGGAUGCCUUCUCCGCCAUCGGCCAGAACGCGGACCUCGACCUGCCGCAGAUCGCCGUGGUGGGCGGCCAGAGCGCCGGCAAGAGCUCGGUGCUCGAGAAUUUCGUAGGCAGGGACUUCCUGCCCCGAGGAUCUGGCAUUGUCACCCGACGCCCCCUGGUCCUGCAGCUGGUCAAUGCUACCACAGAAUAUGCCGAGUUCCUGCACUGCAAGGGCAAGAAAUUCACCGACUUCGAGGAGGUGCGCCAGGAGAUUGAGGCUGAGACCGACCGGGUGACUGGCACUAACAAGGGCAUCUCUCCGGUGCCCAUCAACCUCCGCGUCUACUCGCCGCACGUGCUGAACCUGACCUUAGUGGACCUGCCCGGAAUGACCAAGGUCCCAGUGGGGGACCAACCUCCCGACAUCGAGUUCCAGAUCCGGGACAUGCUUAUGCAGUUCGUCACCAAGGAGAAUUGCCUCAUCUUGGCCGUGUCCCCAGCCAACUCCGACCUGGCCAACUCCGAUGCCCUCAAGGUCGCCAAGGAGGUGGACCCCCAGGGUCAGCGCACCAUCGGGGUCAUCACUAAGCUGGACCUGAUGGACGAGGGCACAGAUGCCCGUGAUGUUCUGGAGAACAAGCUGCUCCCGCUGCGCAGAGGCUACAUUGGAGUGGUGAACCGGAGCCAGAAGGACAUCGAUGGUAAGAAAGAUAUCACGGCUGCCUUGGCUGCUGAACGCAAGUUCUUCCUCUCCCACCCUUCCUACCGCCACUUGGCUGACCGCAUGGGCACGCCCUACCUGCAGAAGGUCCUUAACCAGCAACUGACAAACCACAUCCGGGACACGCUGCCAGGGCUGCGGAACAAGCUUCAGAGCCAGCUGCUGUCCAUUGAGAAGGAGGUGGAGGAGUACAAGAACUUCCGCCCUGAUGACCCAGCGCGCAAGACCAAGGCUCUGCUGCAGAUGGUCCAGCAAUUUGCUGUAGACUUUGAGAAGCGCAUUGAGGGCUCAGGGGACCAGAUCGACACCUAUGAACUGUCGGGGGGAGCUCGCAUCAACCGGAUCUUCCAUGAGCGCUUCCCCUUUGAGCUGGUCAAGAUGGAGUUUGACGAGAAGGAACUCCGAAGGGAGAUCAGCUAUGCCAUCAAGAAUAUACAUGGCAUUAGAACGGGGCUCUUUACCCCAGACAUGGCCUUUGAGACCAUUGUGAAAAAGCAGGUGAAGAAGAUCCGAGAACCGUGUCUCAAGUGUGUGGACAUGGUUAUCUCGGAGCUAAUCAGCACCGUUAGACAGUGCACCAAGAAGCUCCAGCAGUACCCCCGGCUGCGGGAGGAGAUGGAGCGCAUCGUGACCACCCACAUCCGGGAGCGCGAGGGUCGCACCAAGGAGCAGGUCAUGCUCCUCAUCGAUAUUGAACUGGCUUACAUGAAUACCAACCAUGAGGACUUCAUAGGCUUUGCCAAUGCUCAGCAGAGGAGCAACCAGAUGAACAAGAAGAAGGCUUCAGGGAACCAGGAUGAGAUUCUGGUCAUCCGGAAGGGCUGGCUGACCAUCAACAACAUCGGUAUCAUGAAGGGGGGCUCCAAGGAGUAUUGGUUUGUGCUGACAGCCGAGAAUCUGUCCUGGUACAAGGAUGACGAGGAGAAAGAGAAGAAAUACAUGCUGUCCGUGGACAACCUGAAGCUGCGGGACGUGGAGAAGGGCUUCAUGUCCAGCAAGCACAUCUUUGCCCUCUUCAACACGGAGCAGAGGAACGUCUACAAGGAUUAUCGGCAGCUGGAACUGGCCUGCGAGACACAGGAGGAGGUGGAUAGCUGGAAGGCCUCCUUCUUGAGGGCUGGCGUGUACCCCGAGCGUGUUGGGGACAAAGAGAAAGCCAGUGAGACGGAGGAGAAUGGCUCAGACAACUUCAUGCACUCCAUGGACCCACAGCUGGAGCGGCAGGUGGAGACCAUCCGGAACUUGGUGGACUCAUACAUGGCCAUCGUCAACAAGACCGUCCGGGACCUCAUGCCUAAGACCAUCAUGCACCUCAUGAUCAACAAUACCAAGGAAUUCAUCUUCUCGGAGCUGCUGGCCAACCUGUACUCGUGCGGGGACCAGAACACACUGAUGGAGGAGUCGGCCGAGCAGGCGCAGCGGCGCGACGAGAUGCUGCGCAUGUACCACGCACUGAAAGAGGCGCUCAGCAUCAUCGGCGACAUCAACACGACCACUGUCAGCACGCCCAUGCCCCCGCCCGUGGACGACUCCUGGCUGCAGGUGCAGAGCGUACCGGCUGGACGCAGGUCACCCACGUCCAGCCCCACACCGCAGCGCCGAGCCCCCGCGGUGCCCCCAGCCCGGCCCGGGUCGCGGGGCCCUGCUCCUGGGCCUCCGCCUGCUGGGUCCGCCCUAGGGGGGGCGCCCCCCGUGCCCUCCAGGCCGGGGGCUUCCCCUGACCCCUUCGGUCCUCCCCCCCAGGUGCCCUCGCGCCCCAACCGCGCCCCGCCCGGGGUCCCCAGGAAGGGCCCAGCCUCACCUACACGACCUGCGGUCCCCCGACCAGCUGAGGCUCCCCUCUUAGACUUAUAA